GACCGACACGCACUUGGCGGCGAGAUGGAGACCGGGGAGCCCACGAGUCCCCAGGAGCCGCCGUCGCCGCCGUCGCUGCCGUCGCCAUCGGCCCCGGAGAGCCCUGGGCUCCCCACGCUGGAGCAGCCAUCGGAGGCCCACGCGCGGCAGCUGCUGCUGGAGGAGUGGAGGCCGCCGGGCGGGAGCCUGCAGCUGCCACCGGGUCUCACCUGGAAACUGCUGUUCCUGAGGCGGCCGCUCUACCGCAACUUGCUCCGCUCGCCCAACCCCGAAGGCAUCAACAUUUAUGAGCCAGCACCGCCUACUGGUCCCACACAGCAGCCCCUGGAGAGGCUGGGCAACUUCCAAGGGUGGUACAUCAAGACUGAGAAGCUGCCACAGAACCUCAGCUGGACUGUGAAGCAGCAGUGUGUGAAUUUGCUGGUCGAGGGCCUGUGGGAGGAGCUGCUUGAUGAUGAGCAGCCAGACAUCACGGUCAUGGACUGGUUCGAGGACAGCCGGCUGGACGUGUGUGUCUAUGAGCUGCAUGUCUGGCUGCUGGCAGCUGAUCGCCGCACAGUCAUUGCACAGCACCAUGUGGCCCCCCGGACCUCAUGGAGAGGUUCCCCGGGCCACUGGGUCCAGGUGUCCCAUGUAUUCCGCCAGUAUGGCCCUGGUGUGCGGUUUGUCCACUUCCUACACAAGACAAAGAACCGGAGGGAGUCUGGUGGGCUGCGGCGGACAAGGGUGACUGACUCCUCCGUGUCUGUGCAGUUCAGGGAGUGACUGGCUGGCUCCAGGCCUGUUCUGACCCCUUGUCUCAUCUAUCCACCCCUUGACACCUCUCUUAGCCCUUAGCACUUCCUGGACCCUUAGCACCCCCUGACCCCUUAGUACCCCCCUAAUCCUUAGAAGUCCUUAACCCUUAGCACCUCCUUGACCCUUUAGCAAUGCCAUGUUCUCUCAGCACUUUCCUGAUGCUCAGUACUACCCUAUUCCCUUCAUGAGCUCUCAACUUCUCCCUAAUCACUUGCCACCACCUAGGCCCCCUUGAUCGUGCCUGGUCCUCGGCUUCUCAUUUGACAUAUUCACACAUCCUUGACUGGCUGACUCUUUGGCAUUUCACCUGCACUCUCUGGGAUCCGGAAGGGCAGGGGCCACCUCUUCCUGAGUCAGUGGGUACUCAAUAAAUCCUUGUUGACUGAAUGAAUCAAUACAUGUGCCCAAAGAUGCUAAGUAUUUCCCUGGUCUUUGCUCCUUAGAAUUUCACUGAGUUCAUAGCCCAUUCACACAUCCUCCAAUCAUGAUCCUCCAGCACCUCACAGCCCCUCUACCUUUUGCGCCUCUUUUGACCUCUGAUCUCUUCAUCUCCACCUAUCUCAUUUCCCAUAUUUCUUAACUCUCGGAAUCUCCCUGAAUUCCUCUCCUCCUUCCAUUCCCCAAGUUGUCAUCCACCUAGAGCUGCCCCCAUACCUUUUCUUCCCCCAAGACCCUCAUUUCUGUUCUCUAACUCCCCCCGGGCCCCCAAACCCAGGUUUCCAUGAAGGGCCCUCAUCCCUGGGGGUGGGGGUGGGAAAAGACUGCAAAUUCAAAUUUGCAGAAAUAUGCAAAUUUGAACUAAGGUGUCCUCCAUGUGUUGGGGAGGGAAGGGUUGAAAGUAUCUAACAACCCAUAAGUCCUAGGCUAUGGCCAGAUCCCACAUCAGACCCUUGCCCUAGUCUGGGGCAGGUCCUUGAAGGUCUCCUGCUGUCCCACGAGUGAAUCCUGAGUCUGGAGGUACCUGGCAGGCCAGAACAGCUUGAGGAGUGGGGGGCACUCAGGGAAGGGCUAUCUAUCAAAAAGUGUGGGAAGCAGAUCAGUGUUUAACAAUCAGCCGGUACCAUCGCCUGCUACCAUGUCUUAUGGAUGUGUGUCUUUGUGCACACAUAAAUCCAUGCCAGAAUCUAUGAGUGUGUCCCCAUCUGCAGCAUUGUCCCACUUACGGGCUGAUCCACAUCUGACUGCUCUGCUCUCUUCCGCAUCCUGCCCCUAUCCUGUGUGGACUUGGGUCCCAAGCACAAUCAGAUGGCAGACAGGGACGAGUUCAUAAGAACUGUAUUGCAGGGAAGGCAGGGUGGGGGGCAGGCAGAAAGCUCUCUCCUUUUGGUGCUCGGGGCCUUCAGCAGACCCCAGGGACAAGGCCAGAUGUGGGGUUCAGCACUCUGGGGGGGUUGGAGAUAAGGAACAUCUGAGGCAUCAGUAGCAUCUGCAACAGAAUA